CUCGAAUACAAAAGUCGUUUGUCGGAGCAUAAGGCACAGCUACGGCGAUCACAUCAAGAGUGCUGUAAACGUCAGGAACAGUAUCGCGAACAUGUUGGUAAAAGCCACAUUACAUUCUGUCGGCAUCCAUGUCCAGUGCCAGAAAAUUCAUUCGAGGCUAAGUCAGAACUAGAACAACUCCAGACAGCGCCACAGCUGCAGUUCAGUAGACUUUAUGGAGAGGAAGAUCAGUACGCCUUUCCAGAUGAUCCAUCUGUAUUAGGAAACAAACAUUUCGGGCCAGCAAGCGAAUACAGAGUCGGAGAGCCAGAACACAUAAUCCCUGUGCCUGACGGCCUGCCUGCAGAUGGCUGUGAUAUUCAGUCCGAUGAUCCUAGAUGUCACGGACGAGUGGCUCAGUUACCAGGCCAGGGCGAAGAGUCCCUUCAGCAUGCGCACUGGGACGCCGAAACGCCGCACCAAGCAGAAGCUGGAAAUGGCCAUCGGGAACCUGUGGAUCGUAUGACAAUCGACGAACACGUACGAACCUACGAGGAAGAAUAUUACCGCAAACAUCACACACAGUCACACGAAAUCCAUGACCAAACGAGAAGCUACAUUUUGUCAGCUGCUGAACAGCAACAGCAAACCGGAACUUCACCGGAACAAUCUUAUGGGCAACAGCAUGAGCACGACGCACAACAACCACAAUAUGUCGGUGAAGCGAGCAUCACUGAAUAUAGCAACCAGGAGCAUCAUCCGGAAGAAUUCUACCCUCAUCAACCCAACUGGGAAGAACAUGUAUUACCUGAAAAUGCUGGCUACCCGCAGCAUGAAGCAGAACAACAAACACAAACAGCGAGGCAUGAGGAUGAAUUCGAUCGAACAGAUUAUACAUACGAUUACGAAUCGCACGGGCCACCACCGGCUGUUCCGGACAAUGUGGAACAGCUCAGUGCCACAGAAUAUCCCUAUCAACCCACAGAGCUAGAUGCAGAGAGCUCCAUAUCACAUGGUGAAGAGCAUCCUGAACCAAGUCAAGAAGCUUAUGAAGAGCAUCCUGAACCAAGCCAAAAAGCUUAUCCUUAUGGUCAGGUUUCCGCAAUGUCUCCAGAACAGCACUGGCCAGCAUCAACAGCGGACCUUUAUACGCUGCCUAGCGAGUACCAUACUGAGCAGCCGCAUCUGUUGCCCACUGAAGCUACUGAUCAACAUGUGCCAACCUCAUCUCUGGAUGAGCACUAUUAUCAACAGGAGCAACAUGCUGGAAUCACGCCAGACGAAUACCCUCGCCAGGAAAGUCGGGAAGGACAACAGGAGAGACAACAACCAGCCGAGAUCUCACCAGAGGAGCACUAUCGUCAGGAAGUGGAAAGGCAGCGUCAGGAGCGGGAAAAGCAGCUUCAAGAACAACAUCCCACUAAUACCGAUCCGGAAGAGUACCAUCGCCAGCAACAAGAACAAAAGAGGCAACAUCAAGAACACGAGAAACAGCGUCAGGAAUUGGAACAACAGCAUCUAGAGCAGUGGCAGCCCACCGAAAUUCUACCAGAGGAAUAUUAUCGUCAGCAGCAAGAACACGAAAGGCAACGUCAGGAAGAGGAAAGACAGCGGUUGGAAUUGGAAAAACAGCAUGAAGGACACGAAAGAGAGGAUCAGAUUUCACCAGAUGAAUAUUAUCAUCAGCAGCAGGAAGUGGAAAGGCAACGUCAGGAACAGCAUCCCACCGAGAUUACACAGGAUGAAUACCAUCGUCAGCUAGAGGAACAAGAGAGGAGACGUCAAGAACUGGAAGAAAAACAGCGUCAGGAACAACAACCUACCCAGACGACAUCGGAAGAAUACUAUCGUCAAUUGCAGGAGCAAGAAAGGCAACGUCAGGAACUGGAGAGACAACGUGAAGGACAAGAAGAGCAGCGUCAAGAACCCACCGAAAUUACACCGAAAGGGUACCAUCAUCAGCUACAGGAACAAGGAAGACAAAGACAAGAACAGCAACCCACUGAGGUUUCACCGGAAGAAUAUUAUCACCAGCAGCAGGAGCAGGAAAGAAAACGUCAGGAAGAGGAAAGGCAACUUCAGGAAGUAGAAAGACAACGUGACGAAUUGGAAAAGCAGAUUCCGGAACAACCAUCCACCGAAGUUUCACCAGAAGAAUACUAUCGUCAGCAACAGGAGCAGGAUUGGCAGCGUCACGGAGAGGAGAGACAACGUCAGGAACUAGAAGGCCAGGCUGAGGGCCUGGAAAAGCAGCAUCCGGAACAACCACCAACAGCGGUUUUGCCGGAAGACUAUUAUCGUCAGCUGCAGGAAUGGGAAAAACAACGUGAGGUACUAGAAAAGCAACGACAGGAACAACCGCCUACCGAAGUCUCACCGGAGGAGUAUUAUCGUCAGCAACAGAAGCAGCAGUGGGAGGGUCAAGAAGAGGAAAAGCAACGUCAGGAAGAGGAAAGACGACGUCAGGAAGAGGAAAGGCAACGUCAGGAGCUAGAAAGGCAACAUGAGGAACUUGAACAGCAGCAUUCAGAACAACCUCCAACAGCUGUUUCACCAGAGGAAUAUUACCGUCGACAACAGGAGCAAGAAUGGCAGCGUCAGGAACUCGAAAAACAGCGUGGGGAAAUAGAAAAACAGCAUACGGAACAACCACCGACAGAGAUUUCGCCGGAAGAAUAUUAUCGCCAACAGCAGGAGCAGGAAUGGCGGCGUCAAGAAUUGGAAAGACAGCGUCAGGAACUCGAAAAACAGCGUGGGGAAAUAGAAAAACAGCAUACGGAACAACCACCGACAGAGAUUUCGCCGGAAGAAUAUUAUCGCCAACAGCAGGAGCAGGAAUGGCGGCGUCAAGAAUUGGAAAGACAGCGUCAGGAGCAGGAAAGACAACGUCUGGAACAACCACCUGCCGAGGUUUCACCAGAAGAAUAUUAUCGUCAGCAACAGGAGCAGGAAAGGCAACGCCAGGAGCAAGAAAGACAACGUCAGGAAUUAGAAAGGCAGCGUCUGGAGCAAUUACCUACCGCGAUCUCGCCGGAAGAAUUUUAUCGCCAACAACAGGAAAGACAGCGUCAGGAAGAAGAAAGGCAACGUCAGGAGCAGGAAAGGCAACGUGAGGAACUUGAGAAACAGUAUCCGGAACCACCGACUGAGAUCUCACCAGAAGAAUACUAUCGUCAGCAACAAGAGCAGGAAUGGCAGCGUCAAGAAGAGGAAAGGCAGCGUCAGGAACAGGAAAGGCAACGUCAAGAACUGGAAAGACAACGUCAGGAGCAGGAAAGGCAGCGAUUAGCAGGCUGUGUGGGAGCUGAUGGAUUACCGUUACCCUUGGCAGAGUGUCCACUGGAUUUCGGAGUGGACGUUGCUGUACCCAGCACCCCAGUCUAUGGUGUUGGCUGGGAGCCUGUUUCUGUACAGCCGACAUAUGUGAUCGGGGGCGAUAUUUUUGGGGCACCAGGAUGGAGCCAAUGGACGACCUGGUCAAUCUGUCCAGUAACAUGUGGUGAUGGUGUACAGACAAGGCGACGAACAUGCAACGGUGAUGAUUGUCACGGGGAUACAAGUCAGGAAAGACCAUGUCAUUUUAGACCAUGCGGUAUGUGGGCUGAAUGGUGCGACUGGACUCAGUGUACUGGUCAUCGUAAAUUGUGA